AUGGACAAAACUAAUCAGUCUUGGAAAGAAAUGGGUAUCACAGAUCCUAAGGAACGGAUCAAAACUCUUACAGAGCAUGCUUCGAAAGUAGUAAUUGAUCCAAAUAUUGCGCCUAAAAGAUAUUAUCGUACAGGAGUGGAAAUGGUCAGAUUAGCAGACAUGAACAUGCAGGAUGGCAGUUAUGAAAAUGCCUUUACACUAUAUAUGAAAUUUAUAACACUUUUUGUGGAUAAAAUAAGGAGCCAUCCGCAAUAUAAUAGUGUAUCAGCUAAGGAUAAAGCAAUGAAUAAAGAUGCUCUACGAAUAGUCAUUCCUAAAGCUGAAAAACUGAAGAAACAGUUAUUAGAGCAAUAUCAAGCAGAGUUCGAUAAGUAUUUAGAGGAUUUGAAAGAAAGAGAAAGGAUUGAAAGAGAGCGUUUGAGGCAAGAAGAACUUCAAAGGCAAAAGGAAGAGGAAAACAAGAGGAACAAAAUGGCUGCUCUGGCUGCUAUCAAAGCGGCUAAAACUGCGAUUACUGUAAAUGUACCAAUGGAGACAAAACAUUUGCCUUCCAUUGCACCAAAAACUGUGAUAAAUCUUGCAAACGAUGAUAAAGCAUUAAAGAUCUCCAAAGAAAUAAAAACACCGACAGUGGAUCGUUCUACAAAACCUUCCUUACUGACGAGCAACGGAUUAUCCUUGCGCGACAUUAUUCUGCCGACCAAAUUAAUGCACAACUUUCUGACGCUUGUUUUCAGCAAUACGACAAGCAAUAAAGAAACAUGUGGUAUUCUGGCUGGGCGAUUGGAGCGAAAUAAAUUGAUGGUAACACAUCUAUUAAUACCGGAACAAACUGGAACUCCAGAUUCUUGUACUACACAUAACGAAGAAGAUAUCUUCGAUUAUCAAGAUCAGCAUAAUCUUAUCACUCUCGGUUGGAUUCAUACGCAUCCUACGCAAACUGCAUUUUUAUCAAGCGUAGAUCUUCAUACGCACUGUGCUUAUCAGUUGAUGAUGGCAGAAGCUAUAGCGAUAGUUUGUGCGCCGAAAUAUGAUGAAACAGGGUUCUUUAUCUUAACACCCGAUUAUGGCUUGGAUUUUAUCGCAAAUUGCAGAGAAACAGGAUUUCAUCCACAUCCUACUGAACCACCACUAUAUACGAAAGCAAGACACUACAAAUUGGAUGUAAUGGAACUUCAAGUCGUGGAUUUACGAAGAAAAUGAUAUAUCUCAGAUACGAAAU